GGCGAGGGUCGUGCACGCCGACUUCUCGUUCUCAACGUGAAGACAGCUCGACUGCCAAGAUGGUCAAUGUACCUAAAACUCGAAGGACUUUCUGUAAGAAAUGUGGCAAGCAUCAGCCUCACAAAGUGACCCAGUAUAAGGAGGGCAAGGAUUCUCUGUAUGCUCAAGGGAAGAGAUGCUAUGACCGGAAACAGAGGGGCUAUAGUGGGCAGACAAAGCCAAUUUUCCGGAAGAAGGCUAAAACCACAAAGAAGAUUGUCCUAAGGCUUGAGUGUGUUGAACCGAAAUGCAGAUCCAAGAGGAUGCUGGCCAUUAAAAGAUGCAAACAUUUUGAACUGGGGGGAGAUAGAAGAGAAAGGGCCAGGUGAUCCAGUUCUAAACUU